CGAUGAGACCGCAGAUGUUGGCAACAUUAGCCAUAAUUCUGUUUCCUGUCAUUCGAGUAAGGAUGCCUAUCAGUCUUGCAAGACCAGGAGUGCAAUGAUCACGAGGCAACAAGCAAUAGCACGACUAUUCGGAAAUAAGAAGUGAAGCUGUAAGCAACAGUGCCACAACAGGGACAUCACAUGACCCACGAUUAAAGGCUCCCACACACCAGAGCGAUCGCGGUGGCGGUGGCGAUAAAGUCUUCUCACACCAACAACGCGGAGGUAGCGAUCAGUUUGAAAAAUCGUGUAAGCACAACAUCGUAAACGAUGCAUCGAUUAUCUCGUCUGGAAGAAGCGUUACUUUUGGCAGCGGUAGUUGAUGACGAGGAGCAGCAGCAAGCAAGAAAGAAGCGCAAGAAAACGUAGAUUCACGACCUUAAUCUGCUUCGUGAACUUGACGAAGAAUUUCAUACUUUAUAUCGGCAAUUAGUUCCGCUACGGAAGUUGAGCGAUACGGACGUACACAGUGUGCUCUGCCAUCGCGAACAUAGUCAGUGCAACAGGGCGCGCGCCUCCAGACUAUCGACCAUCAACAAAUAGCAAACAUGCCUGUAGUUGAAUAUCAAGUUUCAUCUUUAACAAAACUUUAUCUGAGUCUAAUCAUUGUGAAUUAUCAGUGGAGUGUGGCAUAUAAUUUCACCGAGAUUAACCUACCUGAAGAACAUAUUCCGUACUACUUUAACAGUUACCCUGAAGUAGCUGAGAAAUGUAAAUUAGAUUCAGCAUGUCCAUAUAAAGAUCAGCUUAAUCAAAAAGCUUGUUGGGGUUAUGAACAAGGAUGUAAACUCCAAGAUUCAUAUUCCAUGCCCUCAUGUCCUGGAGAUCAUAAGGGUUGGGUUAAAACAAAACUAGAUCAGCUUAAAACUUUCUAUACUCAGGGAGGUUUUGGCUAUGUACAGGAGCAGCGGCAAGAAAUGAUGGUCAUGUGUGAACCAACGUUUAUGGAAGAUUCUUCUCUUGAAUGUACAAAACAUCUUCGAUUUUGUAGAGGCCGAAACCUCAUGUUAAACUUUACAGAUUUAUCUUCACGCAAAGAACAGUUGCGGUAUAAGAUGGAUGUUCUAAAAGAAGGUCAAAUUGGAGGUUACUGUCGGCUACAUAAAUCCAGGUUAGAAAAUGAAUGUGAUCAGAUUAGCCCAUUGCAAUCAUGGGGACCAGAGUUGCGUUAUUUUACUGAACUACAAAGGCGGCCAAUUAUGGAGAAAGACUGUGAUAUUACAAUAGAGAAACCUACUUUUAUAUUAAAAAUUGAUGCAACAGUCAACAUGUACCAUCAUUUCUGUGAUUUUUUUAAUUUAUAUACAUCACUGCAUGUCAACUCUUCACAUCCAAGCACUUUUUCAACUGAUGUUCACAUCUUAAUAUGGGAAACUUACACGUACCAGUCCAGUUUUAGAGCAGUGUGGGAAGCUUUUACGUCACAUCCCAUAUGGGACCUUAAGACAUUCCGCGGAGAAACUGUGUGCUUCAAGAACCUUGUUUUUCCACUACUGCCCAGGAUGAUUUUUGGCCUUUAUUAUAACACGCCUAUUAUCUGGGGAUGUGAGAAGAGUGGCCUCUUCCAUGCAUUCUCAAAACAUAUCCUGCAUCGAUUAAGAAUACCUGUACAUAAGCGUUCAGAUAGAAAAAUCCAUGUUACAUUACUGUCCCGAGAUACCGCGUACAGGAGAAUUUUAAAUGAAAAGGAACUUAUUGAAGGGUUACAGAAGAAUCCUGAUUAUGUUGUAAAAAGGGUUGUCUACAACAGGGAUAUGGACUUCAAGAAACAGUUAGAAAGUACAUAUAACACUGAUAUUUUCAUUGGAAUUCAUGGAGCUGGCCUAUCCCAUUUGAUGUUCUUACCAGAUUGGGCUGUGCUAUUUGAAUUAUAUAACUGUGAAGAUGAAAAUUGUUACUUAGACUUGGCCAGACUGAGGGGAGUAAAAUAUGUCACUUGGCAAGAUAAAAGUAAACUUAUACAAGAAGAUGAGGUGAGAAAAUAAAGUAUGACAAAACCUGCUUAAAACAAUCCCUGAAAGAAAUUUGUUUUAAAUGUAAUAUUUUGAUGCUAAGGAUGUCCGAGAUUAUUAACUUUUACUGUUAUGGGAAGAUCCUUCUGUAUAUAUCAAGAUGUAAAUGCUGUAGUACAAAUGUGUCUGUUCAAUUAUGUAAAUUGAACAUCUGUAAACUGUAAAAUUGUUGUGCGGUUAUGCUUAAAACAACAUGCGAAAAAUUAUUGCCCUACCCCCAUUCAUAUUCCUUCACAUGUAAGGGAUUUUCUUAUGUGUUAUUGAAAUGGCAUACAAAAAAGAACCAUAACUAAUGAAUGAGAGCAAAAUAUAUCCUGGGUAAACAGUCGUUUGACAGCUGUGAAUAUUUUAAAACUUAUAUAUUGGCAAGGCAUUGAAUCGCUUGAAAACAUUUCCAAAGCAGUGAUGGUUAGAGCUUCGUUACAAUUAUGGCCAUACUCAACAGCCAUUUCACCCAUUUGGUAUGCUUUUAAGCUAUGAUUAUGCUUUUGAAGUAUCAAUCAAUCAGUUUAUUUGUUCUGAGAAUCCAUAUUUUGAGAUGCAAC